AUGCAUCUGCGUUACUGCUGCGUUUUGCUGAGGGGCUACAAGAUCUCCCGCCAGCAGGAUUGCCUUUACGAUGUCUUUGUGAUCUACUCCAGCAAGGAGGAGGCCUGGGUGAUGGAGGAACUGGUGGAGAACCUUGAGAAAGGAGGCCCUCCCAUUCAGCUGUGCCUCCAUGAGCAGGACUUUGAAGUGGGCAAGUCCACCUCCUCCAACAUCACAGACAAGGGCAUCAUUGGCAAGGUAAUCUCUGUGGUUUUGCUCCACUUCAUUGACAGUGCGUGGUGUCGCUUUGAGUUUGAGGUGGCUCAGUCCUGGCUUGUGCUAGAGGGAAAACCCAACAUCAUUAUACUGGAGGACGUGGAGGAGGAGAGGACAAAAGUGUUUGUGCUCCACAAAUACCUGAAGAAGAACACUUACCUGAAAUGGAGGGACAUCUCAAAAACACAACCAUAA